AUGGAUUUCGUCCGAUUUCGUUCGCUUCCAACCGAGAUUCGAGAGGUGAUCUGGCUCCUGAGCCUGCCGGCCGACGAGCCCGAGGUCUGUCUCAUGUGGCCGGUGAAUCUAUUCGAAAGAGAAGAGGGCCCGGCGAGCAUGCGGCCAAGCCGACCAUUCAUUGUCGAUACCGCUUUUCCGGCCAUGAUGCACGUAUGUCACGAAUCCCGCGUGCUGGCGCAGGACUCGAAACGCAGUCGAGUGAGAUUCCGAUGGUCCAUUGCGGCAGCAUGCCCGGUGCCCUUUCGUCAUUAUCGACCAGACCUCGACACAAUGUACUUUGGAGCGGAGAAUCUUCAUCCGAUCUUGCGGUCCUCCGAUUUGGACGACCAGCUGUCGGACGUGAAGUCGGUGGCGUUUGACAUUCACGAGUGCCUUCGACAUGAAAUACACGUCAUCGACUUCAUCCGGCAAGAGUUUGGCUCGCUUCAGACUCUAUCGUUCGUAUUGGCAGACUCGACAGGCGAGAAGAAGAUUGAUGAUUUCGGAAGACCCGAAUGCGUUGCAUUCAGACAGCCCUCUCGAUGGUGCAAGCUGCAACAGAUCCCCCAAGAAAUGAUGGAUAAAACACGGCUCUAUCCGAACUUUCCGGUGCGAGGGCGAAAUCCAGUUUCGCUCUUGGAUUUUCUCCAUUAUUUUCGAACGAAGCUUGAAGCCAGCGCACUCGAGGGGCGUCGACUCGCUUCGGCCAUCCAGGGGACCGAUCGGUCGCACGUCGUGGCCGACGAGGAGAACUUCCUCUGGCAUGGGCCAAACUUGAAAAUUCAGGCUCAGACAUUCGUCGAGUACCAAAAAGACGGAAGCUGGAAAGAGGUUUGCGGCGAUAGACAAUUUGUUGCGUCUCUUGAUACCGUCAUGUCGGGCCGAUAUGUUCCCAUGGCCAAGAGGCUGAACCCGGAACGCUGCCGAGUGAAUGACCUGGAUGGCGAUUUCGAGUUGAUUUAUCUCACAGCUAGCGACGACUACGACGACGACGACGACGACGAUAUGUACUAA